GGGGUGGACGUGCCAUCCUGCAUCGCUGUGUACUCUCAGUCACUAACCCUCUGGCUCUGUCUGCUUUCUGAAGUUUGUGAGAGGAGAUGAAAAGAGCAGGACGCUGCAGUGGAAGCCAGGAGUGACGAGGAGACAGAGAAAGAGAGGGAGAGAAGACCUCGGAGGCAGGGUGUUCAGACCCUGUCUGGAGACAAACCCCAGAGACCAUGUCUGUCUCAACGAAGCCCGAGAGAACCGUGUGCGUUUUGCUGCCCAACAAGGAGCAACUGGAGGUCACCGUGGGGGUCAAAGCGACGGGACAGGAAGUGUUCAACCGCGUGUCCGAGCUGCUCGGGGUGAAAGAGCUGCACUUUUUCGGCCUCAGCGUGGUCAAGGACAAUGAACACGUAUUUCUUGACUUGGAGGAAAAACUGGGAAAAUACUUUCCCAAAGACUGGAAGCAGGACUUUGGGAAGGGACCCCAGAAGCGGGCACUCCCCCUCCUCCUCUUCCUCAAGGUGCAGUACUACGUGGAGAACGGCCGGCUCGUCUGCGACCGGAAGGCGAGGCGCCUGUACUACGCUGAUGUGCGGGAGAGAGUUCUGCGUUCCGAAUGUCGUCAGCAGGAGGCGCUGUACUUUGAGCUCGCCGGGUAUGCCCUGCAGGCUGACUUGGGGGACCUCUGUCACCAAGACCAGGCUGAGGAAAGAAGGAGAGCAUACUUCCAGCCCAAGGACUACUUUCCUCCUUGGAUCUUAGCAAAACGAGGCGGCGACUACCUCCUCCAGCACGGCCCCAAGGUGCACAAGGAGCUCCAGGGCACGUCCACUCGUGAUGCCAUAUUGCUCUUCAUCCGCGAAUCGUACCGCCUCGAAGACGUUCCUGUGACUUUCUACAGGCUGCAAAAGGACAAGAAGGAAGAAAGGGGUUCAGCCCUGCUGGGUUUGACCCUGAAAGGAAUGCAGGUUUAUCAGGAGGUAAACAAUGUACGGCAGCUCCUUUAUGACUUUCCCUGGUGCAACGUGGGACGCCUCACCUUCCUGGGGAAAAAGUUUGAGAUCCAGCCGGACGGACUGCCAUCGGCAAGGAAGUUGGUGUACUACACGGGCUCGCCCUUCCGGUCCCGCCACCUGCUCCAGCACCUGAGCAACAGCCACCGCCUGUACCUGAACAUCCAGCCGGCCCUCAGGCACCUGCGGCAGCUGGAGGAGAGCGAGGAGAAGAAGCGGUACCGGGAGUCCUACAUCAGUGAUGAUCUGGACCUGGACCCCCCCGGCAGCGAGGGCAGCCCCGGCCUGUCCCGCCGCUCCACGACCAGCUCCGGCAUCGAGGCCGACGCACGUCAGCGGCGCGCUUCUUCGGAAGACGAGGCCUUGAGACGGACGGCCAAGUCCUUCGGCUCGGCCGCCAGCCACGGCAGCUCCCACACCUCGGGCAUUGACAUGGGUGGCAAAGCGCGAGCCGAUGAAGAGGAGUGGCAGGAGGAAGAGGCCGAGGUGAGCGUGGAUGAGCCAGAAGAGGUCUCUGUGGACAACCCCAAGGAGAUGCUGCGACUGGCUGAGCUGCUCGAGGGGGUGUCGGUAGACUUCCCGGAUACAGACGCAGACGCCGACUGGGAAGAUGCCCGAGUGCAACGUAUUAUCACACCUGACAGCCCUGUGAAAUUGCGCAGCACAGACUCUCUGGAGCAGGUGUUGAAGUGGAGAGCCCGGAAUUCAGUAGAUCGGCACAGCCAAAGCCUGGAUGACAUUCGUGCUUUCCAACCUCCAACCCCCCUGGGCACCUCGCACCAGCCUGAUACCUCCCACAGCUACACCUUUGGCCUGCCAGACCCCCAGCUGGACUCCCGUAGCCACUCCGCUGCCCACUGCCCUAGUAAACCCUCAUUCUAUGGCCGCAGAUCCAUGAACUGCCUGUCGCUCGACCUUCUGGGGGACGAGGAGCUGCUGGAGUUCAUCCUGUAAUCGAGAGGUGAAAUUGCUAUAAUUGAUCCACGGGUUCCACCUUUGCCAUGGACAACAAGUGCAGGGCUGCACAGGCAGGAUCUGAGUGCUUUGCGAGGGCAUGCCCAUGGCGUUGGACACAUUUUUGAAUGUGUGGACUGAUAGUUAUGCACCUGUGUGUCCCUGCGUGGCUUUAUUUGUAAAGCAACUGACCCUUGACCAUCAUCCCACCCACGGGCUGUGUGAUCCUCGUGUCCCGACACCAUGUGUUCACCCUUAAGGUUGGAACUGGAAGAGGAGCUAUGCUGUGAAACAAGCAUUUCAUUGUUUGAAACCUAAAGACAGUGCUUCUCACUGCGAUUCAGGAGAAGAAGAAACUAAAGGAGGAAGGACUUUUAAAUUGUCCUCUUUAAAUUUCCCAUCCCUUCAUUUACCUCAUGCACACGUUGGAUGUAUUAUACAAUCUCGAGACAACUCUUCAUGUGUUAUGGAGGAUGCUCCUUUAAAUGUUUUCUAUAUGUCAAUGUUUAUUUUAAAUUUUAAUUUCUCACGAUUGCUUCCUCUCGCUUGUACAGUUCAUUUUUUACAAAAAAAUUCCAGCAGUGAUUCCUGUCCCAAACUUUAUCUGACCUUUAUAUGACCUAUUAUUACGUGUCUGCCUGAAACUUCCCUCUCAUUUUAGUUUACUGCCAUUUUUAUAUACUGUCAUUAUUAAUAUGGUGGACAUGAAGGUUCAUUCCAAAACUUGCAGCUGUGAAGUUCAUUUUGCUUUGUGUGAAUGACACUUAUUGUGUGAUGAACAGGUAUUAAUUUUGUCAGUACUGGGCAAAGUCUCUAAAGGAUUUCUGUUUCUUUUUUCCCAGUACUGAAUGCAUUGAUGCUGUGUGUUGCUCAUGAAUGACAGUCCAUCUUAAAUGAAGCAAACAUACCGCAUUGCAUUUAAUUUAUACCAGCCCUGUUCCAGUUUCUAAUGUCUCAGCAAUAUUAUUUAUUUAUAUGUAUCCUUCAGUAUAUUCAUUGUUGCAGACAAUGUUACCAUCAGAUUUAUGGAUUAUUCUUAGUGCCAGUAUUAAGUUUAAGUGUCUUAUCUCAUGUAAUUUGUUUAGCAUUUUAUUACUUUUUGUAUUUUUAAUUAUUAAUCUUCUACUUUUGCCAAGUUGGCACAAUGUCUGCUUACCUGCUGAAUACAAUAUUUCUAUAUACGAACCUGUGGUCCUUUGCAUUAGUUGUUGUUUUCUCAUUUGGGAUUAAUAUGACUUGUCAUACAUUAGAUGUGUGUGGGCAAACAUGUGAGUGUGAGAGAGGGAUAACCAGCUGAUAGACACUAAUAGAGUCCAGAAUUUUUCUAAAUUGAUGAUUCAGAAGAUUUAGAAAUCAUAAUUUCUAAAUUAGCUCUCACUUGUGUUUUAUAGAGCUGGACUGUGUAAAUGUGGUGUUAAGAAUAUUUAUAUUAAUAUUAAUUUGGUAAUGGUGAUAUCAAUAUGAAGAGAAUUAUAUUUGAAUAAUAAUAACAAUA